AUGGAAGCCAAUUCUAUGAGGAAACUACUGGGAUCGAGUACGAUGAGGACCAUUUCCUUCGCUGCUUGUUUGAUGGCUUUGCCUCUUAUAAUCAUGCUGUCAGUAAAUUACCAAGAUCAAAUGUUCAAUUUAAUUGGAAAAGUCAAGGUCCUUGGAGGACAAGCCCUAAAUGUCCGACAAAUAGGUUCAGAACAUGAACCUGCUAGCAUUUCUGAUGAUGUACUACUUGGUGGUCUACUGGCUUCAGAAUUUGAUAAAGAUUCUUGUCUAAGCAGAUCUGAAGCUGUCUUAUACCGAAAACCUUCUUCGAAAAAGCCUUCUCCGUAUCUCAUAUCUAAACUCCGUAAUUAUGAAAAUCUUCACAAGCGUUGUGGACCUGACACAGAAUCCUAUAAAAGAACACUUUUAGUACUUGAUUCGAGGAACAUUUCUAGUACUACAGAGUGCAAUUACAUAGUCUGGACAGCUCAAGCAGGCUUGGGGAACAGAAUAUUAACAAUUGCUUCAGCAUUUCUCUACGCUCUCCUUACUGAUAGAGUUUUGCUUGUUGAAUUUAAUGCGGACAUGACUGAUCUCUUUUGUGAGCCAUUUCCCAAUACAUCAUGGUUAUUGCCUCCGAACUUUCCCAAACAAUUCAGAAAAUUCAAUCAAUGGAACGCAGAUACUCUUGGAAAUACGCUGAAGAACAAUGUCUUUAAUGCAUCAAGCGAGUUGCUACCUUCACAUUUAUAUAUUUUUCUGGCUUACGGCCUUACUAAUUUUGAUAUGCUUUUUUACUGUGAAGAACACCAUGCUCUUCUUCAGAAAGCUCCUUGGUUGGUCUUGAGAUCGGAUGAAUAUUUCAUUCCAUCUUUCUUCCUGAUGCCAUCUUUCCAACAAGAGCUAGACAAGAUGUUUCCUGACAAAGAAUCUGUUUUCCACCACUUGGGCAGAUAUCUUUUCCACCCUUCAAAUAAGGCUUGGGGACUUAUCACUAGGUUUUAUCAGUCUUAUUUAGCGAAGUCAGACGAAAGAAUUGCUAUGCAAAUAAGGGUAUUUAAUCCCAAUGCUAAACCAUUUCAAAGAGUGAUGGAUCAGAUUUUAGCUUGUACUCUUCAGGAAAAUUUACUGCCAGAAGUAGAUAAACAACGAUUGGUAGCUUCUCCAUCGAAAAACCAAACAUCAAAGUCUGUUCUAAUAGCAUCUUUAUAUCCACAAUUCUACGAGAACAUGACAAACAUGUAUUGGACAUUUCCAACUAGGAAAGGAGAAGUAAUUGGGGUUUACCAGCCAAGCCAUGAAGAGUAUCAACACUUUGGGGAUAAUAUGCACAAUGUGAAGGCAUGGGUUGAAAUGAAUCUGUUAAGUUUGAGUAAUGUGUUGGUGACUAGCUCGGGGUCAACCUUUGGCUAUGUGGCUCAAGGCCUUGGAGAUUUGAGACCUUGGAUUCUAUACAGACCUGAGAAUUGGAAAGACUCUGAUGCAGCUUGUCAUCCGGGCAAAUCAAUGGAACCUUGUCUCCAUAUACCACCCUCUCAUGACUGCAAGGCAAAAAGGAAUUUUGAUAUGGGUACAGUGGUUCCUUAUGUCAAGCACUGUGAGGAUUCAACUUCAGGAUUGAAGCUUAUUAACCCUGACAAUAAUUCUAGAUAAGGUUUACUCUUAUUCUUUUGUGAAUUUCCUUUAUGUUAGAUAACAAAGUAAUUUUUUCCCAGAGAAGUAUAUAUAAUAAUAUUCUGGUCUAGGUUUAAAAGAAGUUUCUUUUUGUCAAUUGUAUAGUCGAACAGGAAAACAAACCUAAACCACAUUCCCAAGAACUAAGGUUUAGGUUAUAAGAAUAUAUAACCCAAACCUUUACAAGAGACUACAAUAAGAAUAUUCAUGUUCCUUUGUUUCGGAUAAUAUGUUUCUUUUAUUUUUUUUACAGAUUUAUAAAUAUUAGUUUUUUUUUUAUCCGCGUGGAAAAAGCAUGGGAAUAUUAAUAGUUCGACUCAUUAUUAUUAAUUUUGUUAUAUAUAUUUUUUUAUAUAAUUUUUAUAUGCAUUAAUUCAAAGAUCAAAAGAAAUU